AUGAGUGCAAAUAUCAACAGUUCACAAGAAACUGCUAACAACGUUGAUGUUCGCCUUCCGCAAAGGCCAUCAAAACAUCGAUACACACUUUAUCAUUUGAGUACAUUCAUAUUGACAUUUGUUAGUUAUGCUAUGUUACACGCUGCACGAAAAGUAUUCUCUAAUGUCAAAUCAACCAUGGCUGAAGAAUGGAGUGCAGUAGCUAAUGAAACAUUAAAUCCGAUAAAACCGGAUCAGAUUUGGAAUCAAACACGUCUUUUUCGUUCGCCUGGCGAUGCUACCAUAUUCUUAGGUGUAUUGGAUGCUGUUUUCAUGUUUUCUUAUUCAUUUGGUUUAUUCGUAAGCGGUAUUAUGGGUGAUCGAUUCGAUCUUCGAAUUGUUCUUUGCCUUGGAAUGGUUAUAACUGCUGUUGUGAUUUUUCUAUUUGGUGUAGUUAGUGAAUGGUUACAUAUAUAUUCAGUUGCUUGGUAUGUUUGUUUUUGGAUUCUCAAUGGUUUAGCUCAAUCUACUGGCUGGCCAUGUGUAGUUGCUAUUAUGGGAAAUUGGUUUGGCAAAGAAGGUCGAGGUUUUAUCUUUGGUGUUUGGAGUGCAUGUGCCUCUAUUGGCAAUAUAUUUGGAGCAGCAUUAGCUGCUGCUUUUCUUUCAUAUGGUUAUGAAUAUCCGUUUCUUGUUUGUGCUGUUCUACUAAUUUGUUGUGCUGCUAUAUGUUUUUUUGCUAUUAUUCCAUCACCGGAAGACGUUGGUGCUAAAGAAGUUGAAAUAUCAGUUGAAGAAACACCAACAACUACAGUAGAUGAUCAAGAGACAAGCGAAGAAACAGAAUUGGUUGUAACAACACAAGAGCCAACAACAAAUAGGCCAAUAACAUUUUUUCGAGCAUGGCUUUUACCUGGUGUAGCGAUGUAUUCAUUAUGUUAUGCCUGUCUUAAAUUAGUUAAUUAUUCGUUCUUUUUUUGGCUUCCGUUUUAUUUACAUUCCAAAUUUAGUUGGCAAGAAUCUGACGCUGAUUUACUUUCAACAUUAUAUGAUGUUGGUGGAAUAAUAGGUGGAAUCGUUGGUGGUCUUCUUUCUGAUUUUGUUGGUCUUCGAUCGAUUGUUGUCGUUCCAGCAUUACUUAUUGCUAUUCCAAUUUUGUUUAUUUUCAGCAAUUUAGCUAAUAAUAAAGCGAUAAAUGGAGUAGUAAUGACAGUGACUGGUGUAUUUAUUGGUGGUCCAGCUAAUAUGAUUAGCGCUGCUAUAACGGCUGAUCUUGGACGACAAGAAGUAUUAGCUGCUAGUGAUCAAGCGUUAUCAACAGUAACUGGUAUUGUUGAUGGAACAGGCAGUUUUGGUGCAGCUAUUGGACAAGUCUUGAUUCCGAUUAUCGAAAAGCAUUGGCAUGAUUGGCGAUUUGUCUUUUACUUUUUUGUUCUUAUGAUGUUUAUUACAUGUUGUUGUAUUUUACCAUUAUUUGUUCGUGAAUGUAAAAUAGUUAUAAACAAAAUCAAAAGUCGAUAUUCAGCUAAUCGUCAACGGGCGUAUGAUACACUAUAA